GGCUCCAGACCCCAACUUUUACCCUUAAACCCCACGCUUUUACCCCCCCAAAAACAUACAUCUGCACACAAAACACGUUUUUACCACCAAACCUCACGCUUUUCCCCCAAAAUCCCUCGCAAAAGCAAGAUCCGCGCUGUGUUGAGACACCCCAGCGAUCUACACAGCCCACUCGUCGUCUGCUUCAUUAAUUAGCGCUGCUCAUUAAUUGCUUGCGGGCGGCUCAGCGCCUAUUACAGAGCAGGGCUCCCCGCUGGUUUCUUCCACCUGGCAACAAGUGACGCAAGGUAACUGCGGAGCGCGGCCAUUGGCUGAGCCACACGAUCGUCGCCUGCCAGAGCGCUGGUGUUCCCCGCAGAUCUGUUCUGCCUAGCAACCGAUGACGCGCACGGGUGCCCUGCGGGCUUGUUCUGCCUGGCAACCGAUGACGUAAAGGGCUGCGAGGCACGGCCAUUGGCUGAACCGGUUGCCGGUAGCAGAGGGAUGGGGGCUGCGAGCGGGCGCGGGGCGCUCGUGGCAGCGCUGCUGGGGGCGGCCCUGGGGAGCGUCAGAGCCGAGCCAUCGCCGCACACGCUGGCUGAGGUGCUCUUCUGCCAACCGGACACACCGUCGCAGGGGCUGGCAGUGGCCUUCGACGCGGAGCAGCUCUUCUCAUUUGAUUUCCCCAGCUCGCAGUGGCUGCCUCGGCUGCCCGAUGGUCCUGCGUGGCCCGCAGACACCGAGCAGCCCCACGAGCUGCAGCAUGACGCCGCGCUCUGCCGCGACCUGCGGGAUUUGCUCACCAAAAUCGCCACCGGGCCGUUGCCCAUGCCUGAAGCCAAGGGCAUCCCGGUGGCUGACGUCUUCCUGCAGCAGCCGCUGCAGCUGGGCCAUCCCAACACGCUGAUCUGUAUGGUGGGCAACAUCUUCCCUCCGGCCAUCACCAUCAGCUGGCAGCGGAACAGCAUCCCUGUCACCGACGGUGUCACCCAUGUCACCUACACCCCCACCGAGGACCUGGCCUUCAUGCGCUUUUCCUACCUGGCGGUGACACCGCGUUCUGGUGACAUCUACGCCUGCAUUGUCACCCGCGAGAGGGACAACAUCUCCGUGGUGGCUUACUGGGUGCCACAGGACCCCGUCCCCACGGACACGUUGGCCACGGCGGUGUGCGGCGCGGUGACGGCGCUGGGCAUCCUGCUGGCACUGCUGGGUUUGGGGCUGCUGGUGUCCUCCUGCCGGCGCGGUUGAUCCCUCGGCGUGGGAACGGUGACAGCGAUGUAAUUAAAACCAGUCGUUUGCAG